UCCCUGGCCUUCCCGCCAACAUCUCAUCGUCGGAUCUCCGCAAGCUCAGCGGCAUGAAGCGGUACAAGAUCUCCGAGAUCCUCUUCUUCGAUCGCCGCCGGAGAUCCACCGCCUCAGGCGCCGACGACCCCUUCUCCGAGAUGGUCUCCUUACUGCCCGGCGGGGUCUACCCCAAGUCACAGCUUCAGGUUGAGUUAGAAACCCUAGCUUCUUCUGGAAUGUUUGAGAAGGUGGAUCUCGAGGCCAAGACGAAGCCUGAUGGAACCCUAGGCCUCACUGUCUCCUACACAGAGGCCACCUGGCCGUCGGCGGAUGCCUUCAGAUGCAUCAAUGUAGGGUUGUUGCCGCAGAUGAAGCAGGUGGAGAUGGAUCCGGACAUGACGGAUCGAGAGAAGUUUGAGCAUGUGAGGAGCCAGGAGAGGGAUCAUAGAAAGAGGAUACAGAGGGCAAGGCCGUGCCUUUUGCCUGUUACGGUCCAGAGAGAGGUGCGGCAAAUGCUGAGGGAGAAUGGGAAAGUGAGCGCGAGGCUUUUGCAGAGGAUCCAUGACCGAGUCCUGAAGUGGUACCAUGAUGAAGGGUAUGCUUGUGCUAAAGUUGUUAACUUUGGUAAUUUGACUAGUAGAGAGGUUGUGUGCGAGGUUCUGGAAGGAGAUAUUACACAGCUCGCAAUUCAAUUUGAAGAUAACCUUGGGAAUGUUGUCGAGGGGGACGCUCAACUUGGGAUCAUUCAGAGAGAGUUGCCCUAUCUGCUGAACAAGGGCCAUGUUUUUAACAUCGAGGCUGCGAAACAAGGUCUAAGAAACUUAAAUUCUCUUUCCUUAUUUUCCAACAUCGAGGUGAAUCCACGGCCUGAUGAAAAGAAUGAAGGAGGGAUCAUUGUUGAUAUCAAACUUAAAGAAACGAAACAAAAGUCAACUGAAGUAAAUGCAGAAUGGAAUAUUGCACCUGGGCAAAAUGGAUGGCCAGCUCUGGGAUCGAUUCGACCUGGUGGAACAGUUACAUAUGAGCAUCGGAACAUCAAAGGGCUAAACAGAUCCCUAGUAGCCUCCGUAAACUCUAGCAACCUCCUGAAUCCUCAGGAUGAUCUAAGUUACAAGUUUGAAUAUGUGCAUCCUUACGUGGAUGGUGUGCACAAUCCUCGUAACCGUACAUUUCGUGUCAGCUGCUUUAAUAGUCGCAAGAUGAGUCCUGUAUUCACCGGUGGGUCUGGGGUGGAUGAAGUUCCCCCUGUAUGGAUUGACAGAGAGGGGAUCAAAGCCAAUAUAACCGAGACUUUAACUAGUCAGAGCAAAUUAACUUACGGACUUGUGAUGGAAGAGAUCAAAACGCGUGAUGGGACGAGCUCUUUAUGCACUCAUGGUGCUCGGCAACUGCCAACUGGUGCUUUGAGCAUGCAUGGACCUCCAACAACCCUUAGUGGUACUGGUGUUGAUCGCAUGGCAUUUGCACAAGCAAAUAUUACUCGUGACAAUACAAAGUUUGUAAAUGGUGCAACUGUGGGUGACAGGAAUGUGUUUCAGGUUGAUCAAGGCCUUGGGGUUGGCACCAAAUUCCCAUUCUUCAACCGUCAUCAGCUCUCGCUAACGAAAUUCAUUCAGUUAAAGAAAGUAGAAGAAGGUGCUGGAAAGCCGCCGCCGCCAACUCUUGUCCUUCAUGGAAAUUAUGGUGGAUGUGUCGGUGAUCUCCCAGGCUAUGAUGCUUUCACUCUUGGUGGGCCCUACUCUGUUCGUGGAUACAACAUGGGCGAGUUGGGCGCUUGCAGAAACAAGCUUGAGCUUGCUGCUGAGUUACGCGUUCCUGUGAAGAACAACAUUGUAUAUGCCUUUGCUGAACACGGAUACGAUCUUGGUAGUUCGAAGGAUGUAAAAGGAAACCCAACUGAGUUUUUCCAGCGAGUUGGACAAGGAUCAUCCUAUGGUGUCGGUACGAAGUUUGGGCCAGUCAGAAUGGAAUAUGCCGUCGAUCAUAACACUGGCAAAGGAUCCGUCGUUCUCAGGUUCGGGGAGAGAUUUUGAGGAACACAGUAUCGUGUUCAUUUCGCGCGGAAAAAAAAGUACAGAAUUUUGUUUUGGUCAGAAUAGGAGAAGAGUUAACACGUACAUGCUGGUUGUUAUCGGAUGUCUCUAACGUUGUCUUCUAAUUUAGGGGUUAUUACUUUGCAAAAGUACUUUGUAUUGUUCAAGGUUGAUGUUGAUAUAGUGAGAUUUUGCCUUGGCCAAA